AGAUCAUGGAAUCAUAUCAUUUUGUCGUAGGUAUUUAAAGAGUACGUUUGCGCAUCUCCGCGGGAAUCAGCAUCUCCAAGGAAUGACACGCUCGGUCCGUAGGUCAUCAAAUUUUCUUAUGUAUUUCUGUAAAUGCAGCAUGAGGAAAUAAAAUAAGUUUGAUUGAGAAGAAAGCGCGGAGUGGUAUCUGCAGUAACUCAUACUUCGACAAUGAGAGUAAAAAGAGGUUUGGUCAAGUUUUACUGCGAAUACAGUCCAUAAAGUUGGAGUCUUUGCGUGGCCGUGAACUCCCGAACAGUACGACCAUAGACGCAUUGACAAGUAAUAAUGCCGAUAUUUGUAACACCCAUUGCAGAUGCCUGACAAUCCGACUCGUCCGCCCGAUUGCCCAUGCAGCGGAAAUGCCAUCUUCAAGCAUAAGCCGAGACAAAUCGGAACUUGAUUGGAAAUCAAUUGCAUCUCGUGAUCUCAUUUGAAUACGGCAGGAUAUGGGAUACUUCAAGGCCCAUUACUCCGCAUCUGAUUUUCGUUUCCAUAGAAUAUAAACCUCCAGCAUCUCUCAUCGUUAUUCCCAUCACCAUGGCUACUACCAAGCUUCAAUUCGCACUCCGCAACAAAAGAGCACACUUCAGUCUACAGCGCUUCAACAGAACCUACACAAUGGCAUCUGACGCACCAAGCUUCCCUUUCUCGCGCGCCUUUGGCCCUGAGCCACCAGCCGAGUUCGCCAAACUUCGAGCUACGAAUCCCGUUUCCCAAGUCAAGCUUUUUGAUGGCUCUCUCGCCUGGCUCGUCACUAAGCACAAAGAUGUCUGCUUCGUAGCUACUUCCGACAAGCUCUCCAAGGUCCGCACUCGCCAAGGCUUUCCUGAGCUUAGCGCCGGUGGAAAGCAAGCAGCCAAGGCAAAGCCGACAUUUGUCGAUAUGGAUCCCCCAGAGCACAUGCAUCAGAGGAGCAUGGUGGAGCCAACCUUUACCUCGGAAGCAGUCAAGAAUUUGCAGCCUUACAUCCAGAAGACUGUCGAUGAUCUGCUGGAGCAGAUGAAGCAGAAGGGAUGUGCCAAUGGUCCAGUUGAUCUUGUCAAAGAGUUUGCACUCCCUGUCCCCUCCUAUAUCAUUUACACACUUCUCGGGGUUCCCUUCAAGGAUCUCGAGUAUCUUACGCAGCAGAACGCCAUCCGCACAAAUGGUAGCUCCACUGCCCGAGAAGCCUCUGCCGCCAACCAGGAACUCCUUGAUUACCUUGCAACUCUUGUCGAGGAGCGCCUCGUAGAGCCCAAGGAUGAUAUCAUCAGCAAGCUCUGCACUGAGCAAGUCAAGCCUGGAACUAUCGACAAGUCCGACGCUGUCCAGAUUGCUUUCUUGCUCCUUGUCGCUGGCAACGCAACCAUGGUGAACAUGAUUGCUCUUGGCGUCGCCACUCUGGCUCAACACCCUGAUCAGCUGGCACAACUCAAGGCCGACCCAUCUCUUUCGCCCCAGUUCGUCGAGGAGCUCUGUCGCUAUCACACUGCUUCUGCACUAGCUAUCAAGCGCACUGCUAAGGAGGAUGUCAUGAUCGGCGACAAGGUAAGUUCAGCCCCUUAUGCUUCAGGCGUAGGAGUGCUAAGCUUAUGCUAGCUCGUCCGUGCCAAUGAAGGAAUUAUCGCAUCCAACCAGUCAGCCAACAGAGACGAGGAAGUUUUUGAGAAUCCUGAUGGCUUCAACAUGAACCGCAAGUGGCCUGCUCAGGACCCUCUCGGCUUUGGCUUCGGGGAUCACCGAUGUAUCGCGGAACAUCUUGCAAAGGCUGAACUCACAACUGUAUUCUCAACAUUAUAUCAGAAGUUUCCAGAUCUCAAGGUUGCGGUUCCACUGGAAAAGAUCAACUACACGCCUCUGAACAGGGAUGUCGGAAUCGUAGACCUUCCUGUCACCUUCUGAGGACAUCUAGGCAGUGCAUAUAGCCGUCUUCUUAUAUAGCUCUGAUUAGCACCUGAAUAAAAUGGCUCAGCUCUACUUAUAUCAACCCGCCAACCAUGGUUGGAACGAUCCCUUUUCCUUAAAUGGCAUUUGUAUCUAGACGACUGUACUAUCUACAUGCUAGACGAAUUGACGAAUCCAAAUAUUAAUGCAGUAGUGACUCAA